GAUUAAUCAGCCUGGGGAGAAAGGACGUGACUGAAAUGUCUUUUCAGGAGAAAUGAUACUAGCUUGGCUGUUAGCAACUCCAAAGGUGAGCCAGAUUCCUAUGAAGAGCUCCGAGAAAAUAAUUUUGAAGUGUGUGCCCAGGAAAGCACUGGAGAGAUAUUCAUCUCAAGGGUGUUCUUUGCCUCCCUUCUGCCUCAGUCUAUGAGUUUGGUCAGCCAUGGCUGGAGAAGUUUAUUUAUUAUUUCUUUUACUGCUCUGUGGGAGAACAAUUUCUGAACGGCAGCCUUUGCCCCAACUGCCUUCUGAAACUCUGGAUUUUGGGUAUGUUCCCAGCAAGACGUACGACACCAACGUUUACUAUGAGCCCGGAACAAUUGGGAUUUUGUUCCGCAUUGUCCACGCUUUCCUCUGCUUAGUUCAGCCAAAUUAUUUCCCUCAAGAUCUUAUCAAAAAGCUAGCACAGCAGACAUUUGGAAAUAAGCCUGGUGAUUAUCAAAAGGCAGUUUACUAUGAAAUUGGCUUCAUCGUCGCAGCCGCCCUGGGGAUCCUGUUUGUCCUGUUGCUUCCACUGAUCGGCCUCUGUUUCUGCCUGUGCCGGUGCUGUGACAAUUGCGGUGGGGAAAUGCACCAGCGGCAGAAGAAGAACGCCGACUGUCGGAGGGGCUGCUUUGCCAGCCUCCUCUUGGCAGCCACGUUGCUAAGCAGUAUUGGGGUGUUUGUUGCUUAUGCGGCUAACCAGCAUCUCACAAGCCAAGUCCGGGGAGCCAAGAAACUGGUGAACAGUAAUUUCAGAGACCUUCGGAUUUUCCUGAAUGGAACUCCUGGGCAAAUCGACUAUUUGGUGAAUCAGUAUAACACCACCAAGAAGAAAGCACUUUCUGAUCUUAAUAAUGUUGGGACAGUGCUUGGCAGUCAAGUCUGGGAACAGCUGGGAAAGGAGGUUCGCCCUGCUCUCGAUGCAGCCCUCACCAUGGCAGGAGCUAUUAGAGAGACAAAGGAGGCCCUGGAGAAUGUGAGUGGGUCUCUGGAAGUGUUACAAGAGGGCACUGAGAAGCUGGAUGCCAACCUGACGGAUGUGACGGGAGACUUGAUUGAUACUCUUAAUGAUUCAGCCUGCACGGCUACCCAGGUUGCUUCAACUUGCAAGCUUAUCAGAAAUUCUUUGAAUCAGCUGACCAUCAGUGCCAACUACAGCAAGUUACCAGGAGUGAGCUCUCAACUUGCCAAGGUCAACGAAGUCCUUAAAAUCGACCUUUCCAGCCUCAUUCAAAAGGGUUAUGCAGCAUUUAAUGACACUCCUGACUUGGUGCGCAAUCAAACAAAGAACAUUUUAUCAGAUAUAAAAAAUAUCCUGGAAACUGUUGGUUCAAAUAUCACAACCUUUACUAAAACGCUUCCCAUCCAGAAGAUUCUAGCAGAUUUCACCGUAUAUCUUACUCAGAGUGAAGCGUACGUUCAAGAUUAUUUUCCAUUAGUGGAGCAAUAUGAUUUCUACAGAUGGCUGGGUUGCUUAAUCCUGUGCUGCAUGGUGAUCCUUAUCCUGGUCUUCUUCUACCUGGGAUUGUUAUGUGGUACCUGUGGCUAUGACAAAAAUGCCACACCAACAACCAGAGGCUGCAUCUCAAACACCGGAGGAAAUUUCCUGAUGGCUGGGGUUACUUUCAGUUUCCUCUUCUCCUGGGUCCUGAUGCUGACAGUGGUGGCCACUUUUAUUACUGGUGGAAACAUGGAGAAGCUCAUCUGUGAAUCAUUUGACGACAAGACUUUAUUCCAGAUUUUGGACACACCCUUCUUGCUUAAUCGCCAGUGGAAACACUAUCUAUCUGGCAUCAUUCUGAAAAAUCCAGAUAUUGACUUGACAUUUGAAAAGGUUUACAGUGACUGCAAGGAAAAUAAGGGCAUUUACACCACACUCCAUUUAGAAAACCUCUUCAAUAUCCAUGAAAUCCUAAACAUUAGUGUGUAUGCAGAAGAUGUAUCCCUCAAAAUCAAGUACAUCAACAUAAAUUUAAGCAGUAUAGUUUUGCUGAACAACACUGGGAAAGAGAACCUGUUGAAUUUUGGUUCUUCGGGAAUAGAUGAAAUAAACUUUGCAGCAUACCUGUCAGAGAUUAACAAGAGCAUCACCAAAGUUGAUCUGUUAUUAUUUGCUAAUGAUUUGGAAGCAAGAGCAGACCAGCUGCCCAAAGGAGCAUUAGAAAAUGCUUUGAAAGGACACGCAAAUACAAUUCGGCUGAUACAUAACCAGCGAGUUGUUCCGUUGGAGCAAGCAAUGAGUACUUUAAACCAGAGUAUUCGGUUACUGCAGAAAACUUCAUCAGAGCUUUCAGAAAAAGUGAGAAAUGUAAUAAGUGCCAUUGAUGCCACUCAACUUCUUAUAAACAACAACGCUUCAUUUAUAAUUGUCCAGGAAGCUAAGAAAUACAUGGAUUCUAUAUUACUUUACUUUGAGCAGUAUUCAGAAUGGGUGAAGGAUUCGAUUACUACCGAAGUAGCAACCUGUAAACCAAUUGCAAACGCGAUUGAUACGGCGGUUGAUAUUUUUCUGUGCAGUUACGUAACAGAUUCUUUGAAUGCCUUCUGGUUCGGUUUAGGAGGCUGCUCUGUCUUGCUGAUCCCUGCUAUUAUUUGUGCGGUGAAACUAGCCAAAUUUUACCGCAGGAUGGAUACAGAGGACGUGUACGAUGAUGUUGAAACUAUGCCCAUGAAAAAUUUGGAAAAUGGUAAUAAUGGUUAUCAUAAAGAACAAUUGUAUGGUAUACACAAUCCAGUUAUGACAAGCUCUGUGGAACAGUGGUAAUUCAGACUGGAAAUAUUAACCGACAGUCCUGGAAGAGCUCUGAAUGUUGUCUUGUUUUCUCUGGAUUUUGUUCCAGCUUCUGGAAACAUCAGAUUCUCCUCAAAGAAAGCACAGCUGAAUCGUCCUGUCUGAGGACAGCACAACCAAUUGAUUUUGAAUAAAAAGAGAAUUACUGAAUCUUGUGUCAUAGAGCGAAGCCAGGUUAAUGGCAAUCAGUUUUUGCUGCCAAGCAACCAUUAAAACCUAUCAGUUGUGGGUUUUGUUCUUGUUUCAUAAAAUCAUUUUCAUUUUUUUUCCUUGUACCAUGUAAGCGUAACGAAACAGGACUGACUGGAUAUCAUCUUCAUUUUAUUUUCUUUUUCUUCACUUGAACAGUCUGUUCAGAAUGACUAAGGUUCUUCUUAAAAUGUCCACUGAUGUUUGUACACUAUAUAAAAGUAUGUUUACAUGAAGAAUACAUUUGAAUACAGAGACUUUUGUAUCUGAGUUUUUUACAGCUGUCUCGCCACAGACUUUUAAGUAACAUUUGUUAUCUUUCAUAAGCAAUCUGUUCAAAGUGAUCAACAUUUCUCUGGUGCUGUUAAGAGUAAAGAAGAAGAAAGGAAAAGCAGUGAUGGAACCAGCAUUCUCUCGUGCUGUUUUCAGGAAUGUGAAUGUAAAUGAAGGAUAAAAUUAUCUUUUUCUGAAUUCUUAUUUAAGACACUCUUCUUAUUUAAGAUGUAAUGUUGUUUAGUUCAGAACUAUACUUAUGUGGGGAGGGUGAUGUAUGGCUGAUUUGUCUGUCCCUGAACACACAGACAGAUAAGCAGUGGGGAUCUUUUGCAAUAUAAGAAGAGAAGAGGUAUUCCCAAAAAACCUAUCUGGACUUUCAGCAUACAUACACACACAGCAGAUGUGAUAGAAGAAGACAACCACUGGCUCACUUCGGUGAAGGAUCUAAACACUGUAAACCUCCACCUGUUUCCAACGUGAAUAAGUCGGGUUCUCCUGGGCAUCAUUUCUGAACCACAGAAGCUGUGUUGAACUUUGAUAGUUGAUAUUUAAAGGAGAAGCAUCAGAGAAUCUCAGGGCUGCUUCGCAGUGGCUAACUGACAUUGCCAAAGGUGUGACUCUUAUUUUCAAUCAGUGUAAAUGGUGACACACCAUUGCCCUUGAACAAUGAAAGGGAGUAAUAAUGAUUUGAACAAUUGUGAAGAGGGGCCAAUACUACUAGAUGACAAUUGCAAAAGAAACGUGAAGAAAUACUAUGUUGUAUUCCAAUAAUGCUGAGAAUGUGUUCCUACAUGUAAGACAAUCAUCCAUUUUGGGAGUUUCGCUGGACCUUCCAAACUGGAAUUGAAUUCUAAUAAACAUAAUUCUAGAUUAUUUAAAGAUUGUGCAAUUAAUGUGCACGCAUUGUUUAAUUAUGCAAUCUGUGCACUCAGAGUAAACCACAUGUUUCAGUACUUUUACCCAACACCUGACUUUAAAAAUGUACUCCAUUGAGUGUAGCAAGGUUUUCAGUAAUAGGACUUUUUUUUUUUUUUUUUUACUAUCCAGUGUGUAGAAUACUUAA